AUAUAAAUCUAAGUCUCUAGUGUGGGAUCAUUUUACAAAGAUUAUACAAACUAAUGAGAGUAAAGCAGAAUGAGCAAAUUGCAACUAUUUUGGACGUGAAUUUGCUUGUCCAAGUGUUUUAGGUACUAGCACACUUUAGAGACACCUUAAGCAAUGCUCUUAUUAUGACGGUAAUAAGGACCCAACCCAACAACAUUUGUCUUUCUCCUCAACAGUUGAUAGUCAAGCUCAAAUUGUGAAUUGGAAAUUUGAUCAAGAACAUUGUCGUAGGGAACUUGCUUGUAUGAUUAUCAUUGAUAAACUACCCUUUAGUUUUGUGGAGAAAGAGGGUUUUAAAAGGUUUGUGAAUGCCUUGCAACCAAAAUUUCACAUUGUUUCAAGAACCACAAUCACCAAAGAUUGCACAAAAAUUUAUAAUUUUGAAAGGAAACUUUUGAAAGCAAUCUUUCAGAAUUCAGCUUCACGAGUUUGUCUCACCACAGAUUUGUGGACUUCCAUUCAAAACCUUGGGUACAUGUGUCUCAUAGCACAUUACGUUGAUAUUGAUUGGAAGUUACAAAAAAAGUUACCAAUUUUCGUGUUCUUCCAAGUCCACAUCAUGGUGAGGUAAUUGCACAAGCUGUGGAAACAUGCUUACUAGAGUGGCAAUUGGAAAAAUUAGGCACACUUACGGUAGAUAACGCAAGCUCCAACGAUGUAGCAGCUUUAAGUUUAAAAAGGAAGCUUGUUAAGAGGGAUGGGUUGUUAUUAAAUGGUGAUUUUUUUCAUGUGAGGUGUUUUGCUCAAAUCCUAAAUCUGAUUGUGAGGGAUGGAAUUGAGGAGGCUAAGAGUUCAAUAUUGGCUCUUAGAGAUUAUGUGAAAUAUGUAAGGAGUUCCUCAUCUCGAUUGCUGAUGUUCAAAAAAUGUGCCGAGGAGGAAAGAGUUUUGGGUAAGAGGGCUUUGUGUUUAGAUGUAGAAACGCGAUGGAAUUCAACUUAUAUCAUGUUAAACAAUGCAAUUGAAUAUCAAUUAGUAUUUGAGAGAUUGGAGGAGAAGGAUGUGUGUUUCAAAAUCGAGGUUAAGAAUGUUACGACGGAGGAGGAUUGGAUGACAGUUAAAAGUCUUCACAAGUUCCUUGAGAACUUUUAUGUGAUAACAAAGCGUGUCUCCAGUUCCAAGUAUGUGACUUCUAAUUAUUUCUUUCUUGAAGACCAAUAGGAUUCAAGCUCUCCUCUUGAGUUGGGCAAAUCAUGAGAACGAGUUCUUUUCUAGCAUGGCCAUGAAAAUGAAAUUGAAGUUUGAGAAGUAUUGUAACAUCGAGAAGAUUAAUCCUUUGUUGAUUGUUGCUGUUGUUUUAGAUCCACGUUACAAGUUGAAGUAUGUUAAGUUUUCUUUCACAAGAUAUUAUUCCAUUAGUGAUGUUGAUGCUAUGAUUGAAAAAGUGAAGCUUAUCAUGAAGCAACUUUAUGACCAUUACUCCUCCUUUGUGUUAGAAUCUAUGGAAAAUGUGGGUGUCUCCAAAGGUGGAAAUGAUGUUAGAAUGGAUGAUCUUGGGGUUUCAAGUGUUGGGGUUGAUAUGCAUAAACAAGAUUGGCAUCAAUUCUUGAAAGCUGAAGAAACUGUGGUCAUUAAAUCCGAGUUUGAUCGUUAUUUGGAAGAUGGGGUUGAAGAGGAAUCCGAACACUUUGACAUUUUAGCUUGGUAGAAAAUGAAAGCUUCUACAUAUCGUGUGCUUUGUCUUAUAGCACGUGAUAUUUUAUCCAUUCCUACAUCAACUGUUGCUUUAGAAUCGGCAUUUAGCAUCGGGGGUCGAGUACUUGAUCAAUUUCGCAGUUCUUUAACUCCUAAAAUUGUGGAGGCUUUGAUUUGUGGACAAGAUUGGUUAAGGAGUUCAUCAAGUCCAAUUGAUGUUGAAGAAAAAUUAGAGGAUCUUGAGAAACUAGAGUCAAGUAAAUUAGUCUUUACACUUGUGCUUUGU